UAUUGAAAGAAAUAAAACCCUAGAAGCAGUCGAUGGAAGAAGAGAAAGGCAUGAUGACGGAGAUGUCGAUAUCAACGGCUGGGGGUCCAUCUAGCUCGAGGUGGAACCCGACCAAAGAGCAGAUAAGCGUUCUGGAGGGGCUGUACAUGCAAGGGGUUAGGACGCCGAGCGCAGAGCAGAUACAGCAGAUAACGAGCAGGCUUAGGGCGUAUGGGCAUAUAGAAGGGAAGAACGUCUUCUAUUGGUUCCAGAAUCAUAAGGCCAGGCAAAGGCAGAAGCAGAAGCAGGAAAGCUUGGUUUAUAUCAAUCGUUUCUUGCAGAAGGCUAAUCCCAUCUUGCCUCCUCCUCCUCCUCCUCCUUGCACCAAUGUCGUUUGUAGCCCUUACUGCGUCUCAAGCCCAGCUGUUGUCUUCUACCCUCAGUAUCAAAAGGUUCUACUGCCUGGAGGCAUGAGGAGGAGACCAACAGAAGAUAAACCAGUGGAAAAGAUGAGGGAAAGCUGUGGUAAUAGAUAUGAAUUCGCGCAUCCUGUUGAUGAUAGCAUCCACAACAGCCAUGAAACGUUGCAGCUAUUUCCACAACACCCAACUGGCAUUUUAGAUGGAAGGUCUGAAAAUACUUCCCCUUCCACAUCCACUGAUACAUUCAGCAACAUCUCUUCCUCUUUGGAGGCUGGCCAUGAAGGUGGCCGAGACCAAGCUCUCUUCAAUUUCUUUGCUGGGGAGAGCGAGUGAGGUAGAGGGCUCGGUGCUAACGUGAACCAGAGCCACAGAGAGAGAGAGAGAGAGAGAGAGAGAGAGAGAGAGAGAGAGAGAGAGACUUUGGUGUAAAUGGCAAUGGGUGUAUGUUUUGGAUGCAUGAAUGCAAAACAAUAAAGAGAGGAGACUUUAAACAUGGUGAAUUAUUUGAUACUCUGGUUUCGUGUGACACUUGAUACGCAGGCGCUAGGAAAUGGUACGCGUGGCAUACUCUUAACUCAAUUUAAACCUAUUAAAGUGUAACCUAUUGUAAAUCACAUUGGUUGAACAAC